GGGAGGGGAAAAGAGGAAGUUUCUUCAGGCAACCAAAAAAUGGAGUUCAGUCUUAGUGGAAAUGCUCUGAAAACUUUGGCCAGAUCGAUCACAUGCCUCGCGCGCAUCGGAAACGAGCUAGUUGUUGAAGCCUCUCCUUCUCAGCUCACAUUCCACUCACUGAAUUCAUCAAGAUCCACGUACCUUUCGAUAUCAUUUAAGCCUGAUUUCUUCGAUGUUUACACCAUUUCUAAUCCUCAGGUCAAAUGUAGUCUUCUUCUUAAGGCUGUCUGUUCUGUUCUAAGGACACCGGUUACAAGUAUUGACCAUUUAAGUGUGCUGCUUCCUGAUCAAUAUGCAUCAAAGAUACAGUGGACGUUGGACUGCUAUAAUGGGAUAAGGAAAGCAUACUGGAUCACUUGCAAUAUUGAACCUGACAUACAACAUCUCUCUCUUGAUAGAAGAAAGCUUCCUAGUAGCUUUGUUGUGAGACCUCGUGACCUGACCAGGCUACUAGCAAAUUUCCAAUCAACUCUUCAGGAGAUCACCAUUAUUGCUACAGAACCUUUGUCUUCGCCUGCCGAUGUGGAAAAUGAAAUUGGUGGGAAAGCUGUUGAACUCAGAAGUUAUUUAGACCCAACAAAAGCAGAAAAUGAUUCAUCCCUCCACACUCAGCUAUGGAUAGAUCCAACAGAAGAGUUUAUGCUGUAUACCCACAAUAGAGAUCCUGUGGAUGUUACAUUUGCUGUCAAAGAAUUAAAGGCAUUUCUUUCUUUCUGUGAAGGAUGUGAAGUAGAUAUUCACUUCUAUUUUGACAAAGCGGGCGAGCCUAUUCUUAUGGCACCAAAAUUUGGGCUAGAUGAUGGCUCAACAUCCAAUUUUGAUGCGACACUAGUACUUGCAACGAUGCUAGCAUCUCAGUUGCAAGAUGGAAAUCCUGUAGAAGCUGCUGCUGAUGCAAUGCAUGGUCAACCUGUUCAUGAGACGUCUCAAGCAGAAGAUAGAUCAAGAGGAAAUGUGUCUGAGCCUCCUCCGUCUGAUCAUACACGAAUUUGGUCUGAUUUGUCAGGUAAAUUUGACAUCUUUAAAUGCAAUCUAAUGUCAUCAAUCAGGACUAAUGUUAUUCUCUAGUAUUCAUUUGAAACAGGAAGUGGGGUGAAAAAUGGUAGUGCUGAGGGAGAAAGGCGGCUUGAAGCUCAGAGAAAUAGAAACAUUGAUGACACCAGGGACAUACAGAGGAUUAUUGAAGACGUGCACCUUUCUAAUGCUGCGCCUAUCCAAGGAAACAUAACAGUGAGGGAGAAUGUUGUUGAUCAUGGAUUAUCACAAAGGCACCCUAGUAACUGGGUAGAAACUGCUGAUGAUGACGACGAAGAUGCGACUGAAAUAUGUGUUCAAUCAACGCCUCCAUAUUACUAAUGAGGCUCUCUCAGAAUAGUAUGCAUAGUAGUUUCUCCAACCUUAGUCCUGACCACCACCGACGAAAAUCAAUGUUUGUGAUUUAUUUGAGUAUCUAUCUAUUCUAAGAAUUUAAUCUUCUAUAUGUUUGUGCACUUUUAAGUUGACAUGAUCAGAAUUUAAUGAAAAUUAUAAUAGAGACUGCUCCACAAAUAAGACAGUUAGAAUGACUAUGUAUAGUGACAAGCUGUCCUACUUAAAAAAUCUAGAUGCUAGAUAUUUGUACCAUUUUUACAAAAUGUGGUAUAUUUUCAAAGUUUAGUUUUGUUACUUUUCCUAAAAUAUCUAACAAUACAUUUAAUCUAGGCCUUGUUUUUAUGAGUUAUUUGAAAUUAAAAAAAAAUUAAGUUAUCCAAAAGAUUAGACAGCUCUAAAUGAGAAUUUGAGAUAUUUGUAACA